CCAAUCACAGUUGGUAAUCAUACCUUGAACGUCCAGGCAAAGGAGAGCAAAAAGCCAACCAAACCACCCAGCCUUGCUGUUGGUAGUCUGGCCAGCACUGUUGGGGAACCUGCCACAGUUGGCAGUCACUCAGCAUAUGGUUUGAGUGACAUCUCUCUUAAUGCUAGUGCCGAGGCCAGCAAGACAGCUGUUGGCCCUCUGCCUUCCCCAAUACUGCACCCACCUAGUACAACCACAGUAACAAAGCCUAAAUUUCAGAACCUUACAAGUAACAAUUCCGUGGGAGCCAUUGGUACUCCUCCUCCAAAACUGGUGCGGCCACUACCCAGGCAGCCUCCAAAUGGUGUGAAAGGUGCUAUCCCAAAUCCUGUAUCUAAGGAUGACUCCGUCACAAGUACAGCCUCAUAUAAGCGACUGAUAGAAAUCUGCAAGCAACGAGUAGGAAAGGAAUACUCUUCACCAGAGGUGUGUAGUGCCCUUAGAGAAGUCCGCAUUCAGAACAACAAGAGUCUUUCAGGCCUGAAUGUGGAUAUGAUUGUAGAUAGAGUAAAGGCAUACCUGAAGUCUCGCCGCCCUGGUUCUGGACAGGCUACACUAGCGCCAUGGGCCUCCCUCACUCAGUGUCCCAAGAGUGGAAAUGGAGGACCAGAGUGGCAGGGCCCUGGAGGUGAUGAAGGGAGUGCUCCUGAAGAACAAUGUUCCAUCUGUCUUGAAGCCCUGAAUGCAUGCCCAACUGUUCCUCUCCAGUGCCAGCAUGUUUUCCAUGAGAAAUGCAUUAAGGAUUGGUUGAAACGCCAGUCAAAUUGCCCCAAUUGUCGUACUUUUGCGCUAAUGACUGACGAGUAUCCUUCUCUCACGCACUCGUAAAAGUUGGUAACAUUUAUUGUGAUAAUGUGCCUUUCAUUAAUAUGAAAGUUCAUUAUUCAGUGUAGGAUAUAUUCUGACCACAUUUGGAUAGUGGUUAACUUGACUUAAUAAGAAGUACUUUGAUAUACGUGUAGAUUAUAAGUGAAAACUUGCUCUACUCUUUUGUAUUAAAUGAAACUGGCUGAUGAGUUAUUAAAGUGUAAUAAUUCAGUGGCCUGAAAUUUGCACAAUUACAUUGUUGGUGUGCCUUAAUUCCAAAAAACAAACACAAAAAAAAAAAAAAAAAAAAAAAGGAAAUAUAUUUUUUCUAUGUAUCGAUUUCCUUUGUACUGUGGUGAAACUUUGGGAAGCAUGUAAAAAUGCUGUGCUCCAGUUACAAUAAAUCAUGCUUACGC